AUGCAGCUCGUUACCGCGGGCCUCCUGGCCCUUGUCCUUUUGGUGGCAACAGUGGUACAUCUUAUCAAAGAAUUUCAAAAGAUUAACGAUCCCAACGGACCGCCCGGCCCAACACAGCUUCCUUAUAUUGGCAGAAUCCAUGACUUGCCUAUAAACUUCAUGUGGCUCAAGUUCAAAGAGUGGGCGGACAAGCACGGAGCUGGCGGCUUCUACCGAACUCAGAUGCUCGGCGUCAACGUCCUGGUCAUUACCGACGAAACGGUUGCCGAGGACUUGCUGGUCAAGCGGGCCAAGUACAAUUCGGAUCGGCCAAACAUUCAGUCGCUGUUUGACUCGAAGAGCUCCGAGGGCUCCAUGGAAUACCUUCCCUUGAUGGGCAGGAACAAGUACUGGGCUCGCCAAAGAAAGCUCACCCAUGCCUACAUCACCGAGGCCACCAACGUCAAGUACAACGGUGUGAUGUAUCACGAGGCGAAGCGCUGGAUGGCCAACUUGAUCCAGAACCCAGACAAUUUCCAAGCUUCGCUCGAGGAUAUGGCUGCCAAAGUCAUGUGCCAGCUCACCUGGGAUGAUCCCUCUCUGAGCACUUACUGCACCAAGAGUGCUUGGGGUUUACUCCGACAGAUGUCCCCCGCUGGCCCUAUCACCAAUGUCCUCACCCCGCUGUGGCAUCUGCCCAUGUUCAUGAACCCAUGGAAGAAGGCGGAGCGCAAGCGUCAUGAUGAGCAGUCGGCAUGGUGGCAGGAGCGAUACCUCACAACCCGUGACAAGAUGGCACAGGGUGGUCGGGUACGCAAUUGCUGGACACGACAAUUCAUUGAGAAGACCUCGUUGAAGACCAACAUCUCUGGUGAUUAUGAAGCCUCUUGCGUCAUUGGAAUGCUCGCGCUGGUCGGCAUCUUCACCGUCGCCGGACCGCUUUCGUACUGGCUGGUUACCAUGGUUCACUAUCCGGAAUGGCAAGCCGCCGUGCAGAAAGAGAUUGACGAAAAGUGCGAGGGGCGCAUGCCUACGUUGGAGGAUGCGCCUAACCUACCCAUCUUGAGAGCUUGCAUCAAGGAGACCAUGCGGUGGAAGCCCAAUGUCCCGACAGGUGUCGCCCACGAGACGGAGGCGGACGAUGUUUAUAACGGCUACUUCAUUCCCAAGGGCACCCGACUCUUGCCCCUGGACUGGGCAUUCCUCCGCAACCCCAAGAAGUAUCCUGACCCUGACAACUUCCGGCCCGAACGCUGGUUGGAGCCUGGCUGGCCAACCUUCCAAGCGCCCCUGACACAGUUCCCAACCAUCAAGGGCAUGACAUCGUUCGGAUGGGGCCAGCGCCAAUGUCUCGGCAUGUCACUCACCCAAGACGAGUUGAUCGUUGCUUGCGGUGCCUUGGCAUGGACCUUCAACCUCAAGCCCAAGCAUAACCCAGCGACUGGGAUGAACCAUCCCGUACCGCUUGACAAGUCCAACUCGCUGCUCAUCAUCAAGCCAGAUCCUUUCCAGAUGUCAUUUGAGCCCAGAAGCGAGAAAAGAAAAGAGGAAGCACUCCGUCUUUGGGCCGAGUCAGAUGCGCGAGAUCGUGCCGACAGAGCCAAGUUCUUCCAGGAAGCGAGGCUAGCACAGCAGACUGCGAUUGUGCCAGACAAUGGUCUGUUUGAUGUCCUUGCAGAGAAGAAGGACGAAGCCUCAAUACAGAUCAGAAGGGUAAACUCUUACGGGCCGCAGGUAUAGCAUGCCACGUUGGAUAUAGACAGUUAAUGUCGGAUCAUGAGGCGUUAUUAGAAUUUCUCUUUGUAGGCAUAGGUUUUGUUCGAACUGGCGAGCUGGAUACUUGCUUGCCCAGCUGGGUGCUGUUGAAAGGGAGGAUUGGGAGGAUUCUUUGGACAUUUGUAACUUGGAUUCUGGGAUCGAGUGUUUUGUCGGACGAUAUUCUAGGUUAUCAAUCGAAAGACGAUAUAGU